AAGAAAGGGAAACAAAUAAAAGGAUUAAUAUUUUAUGGGCCAAUCACAACUGGUUACUGACUUGACUUACUGGAUUAAGCUCCGCCGCCGCAUUCCGGUGACUUCUACAUGGCCGGCAGCCCCUCCAAUGAAGCUAUUCUCCAGCAACUCAGGUGUGGCAUUGCGAAUUUCGAGAUCGCCGCUUCGCCGGUCGCUUCUGUUUCCAAUCAUCUCACCUCAUUCGCUAUUGCCUCUCCGAGAUUCUUCGCCAGGAUUGGGAGCCCAGUAAAUGGAGGUUCACCGGCGAUGAAGAAAGUUGAGCGAUAUUCUGUUCGGAAAGUUACCGGUGAUGGCCGCUGCCUGUUCCGUGCAAUGGUAAAAGGAAUGGCGAUCAACAAGGGCAUGCGUCUUGGCCCAAGAGAAGAGAGAGAGAGUGCAGAUGAACUACGGAUGGCUGUAAAAGAAGUUAUAUGUGAUAAUGAAAAAGAACGCUCUCAAUAUGAAGAGGCAUUGGUUGCAAUAACUGUUGAGGAAUCUCUGAAACGUUACUGCCAGCGCAUUGGAAGGCCAGAUUUCUGGGGCGGAGAGCCUGAACUUCUGGUGCUGUCAAAGUUGUGCUGCCAGCCGAUAGUUGUAUACAUCCCGGAACAUGAGCACGGUGGAAGGGGAGCCGGUUUCAUUCCAAUUCAAGAAUAUGGCUCCGAGUUCCAUAAAGGUUCGAAACAAGGGAAGCUGCAGAAGGCAGUGCGACUGCUCUACACAGGAAGAAACCAUUAUGAUCUGCUAGUCUGACUUUGCAUUUUGCCUAACGCUGGUGAGUGAAUACUCAUGUAAUGUUGUUUUGGUUGUGGAUUAUUUUAUUUUAUGAGAAUCAAUGUUCUUGUGUAUUAUCUUUUUGGCCCACAAUGUAUUUUACAAAUAGAGAUUAGAAUUUAUGUUGUAUUUGAAUUGUGUGGUUUUGUUUGAAGCUUGUGAACGAAUGAAAUCGACUCUUGUUCAUGCU